UUUUUUCUUUUUUCUUUUUUUUUCCUCUUAUAACAUAUUCUUCUAUCCUUUAUUCCUUCUCUAAAAUAAAAAUAUAAAUCGUCAUGUUCCUUCGUUCACGCAAUAGGUCUUCAAAGGAAAGUGUUACAUCUUCACUUUCAUCGGGAAAUGCAUCAAUUAUCACACCAUUAUCGUCAACAGCAAGUCUUUAUCAAAAAGUAGAAGUCUAUAAUAUUCAAAAGGAUGAAAUUAUAGACUUACAGCAAGAGCCACGCAAUAAAAAUGAUUUAACUAUUGAAACUAUGUCUGCUGUAAUUGCUGCAGCCGUUCAACUCUCAUCUACAAAUGGUUCACCUUCUUCUCUUUCACUCGGUAAUGCUUCUAUCGUAAAAUCCUCGACUACAACUACAAAAAAGAAGAAGAAGAGAUUCUCUUCACUUUUAUCUUUUUCUUCAUCCUCUUCCUCUCAGAAUAAAAAACAGCAAAGCAAUUAUUGUUCCACUUCUCCUCUAUCUUCAUCGUCACCUACAACUCCUGAUCAUUUAUUUGAAGGUUCUUCAAUUACUUUAUCAGAUGAUGAAGAUCCACUUUCUUCUCCUCGUAUCAGUUCUACUACUUUUAAUAGCCAUAUCAUGAUUGAUGAUGGUCGUGAUGAACUUUUAUACCGAGGAAUUCAAAUUAAAGAAAUCAAAACUACCCUUAAACCUUUAGUAAUUUCAAAUGAAACACGUUUCCCUUUACCUGAAGUUAAACUCGAAAGACCAAGUUUUGCUCGGAUUAGUUAUUAAUCACACCACAUGUAAUGUAUACAUCCAUUUUAUACCCUUUCUCUCUUUUAUAUAAAUAAAUAAAUACAUAUAUACAUAUACAUUUAAUAAAGU